AUGGACUCUCAACUGGGCUUUAAGAUCUCGAAGAACACUUCGAAUACCACCACACCACCUAUCCCUCAAGCUGGUAUCUGGGCCAAAUCCUACAGUCCCACACCAUCCAAACCCCUUCUCGACCUUUCUCAAGGUGUCCUAGGUACUCCACCUCCGCCCGAAUUCUUCGCCUCCCUUUCCAAGAUCUCCGCCGAUCCCGCCAGCACGAAGUAUGGAGGUAUCGCUGGAACGUUGGCUCUGAGGAGUGCGUUGGCGGGGGAGAUGAAGGUAGUUUAUGGGGAGGAUACGGAUGUCUCCGCUGAGGAUGUGAGUUUGACCACUGGGUGUAAUAUGGCAUUUGCGGCGGCAGUGCUGGUGUUGGCAGAUCCGGGAGAUGAGGUUAUCUUGCCUGUGCCUUGGUACUUCAAUCACCAGAUGACGCUGACUAUGCUGGGCGUAAAACCCGUCGCUCUUCAAACAUACCCUGAAGACGGCUUUGUACCGUCUCUCGAGCGCUGCGCCAACCUUAUCACACCGAAGACCAAAGCUAUCGCACUCGUCACUCCCAAUAAUCCCACCGGUGCAAUAUACUCCUCUGUCACCCUCGCUGCCUUCGCUCGCUUAGCCACAGAUAAAGGAGUCGCUCUCAUCAUCGACGAAACCUACCGCGAUUUCAUCACCACAGGCGCGCCACACUCCCUCUUCUCCUUCUCCAGCUCCUUAGACCUACCGGCCAACUGGUCCUGGCGUUCGCACAUAAUCCACCUCUUCUCCUUCUCUAAAUCUUACUGCAUUCCCGGCCAUCGUCUCGGUGCACUCGUCGCCUCUCCGGCUUUACAACAGCACGUCCAUACCGCACUCGAUUGCUUACAGAUAUGUCCCUCGCAGGCGCCGCAGUUGGCUCUGGCGCCACUAUUACCUUCUAUGCGCUCUUUUGUGAGAGCGUCUGCGGCAGCGUUGGCCCGUAGGCAUGAGAUAUUCAAAGAUGAAUUGGAGAGUGAAGGUGGAAAUGAGAAGGGUUGGAAGGUGGUAGCUCAAAGCGGAUGCUUCGCGUUCGUCCGACAUCCGUUCAAGGGUAAAGGAUCGCGAGAGGUCGCUCGUAUCCUGGCGAGCGAACAUGGCGUCGUCGUCCUUCCGGGCGUGUUUUUCGGCUAUCCGAUGGAUGAGACGAGUGGAGAGGUCGUCGAGGGAGGCGAGCUGGAUAGGUAUAUCCGGUUCUCUGUGGGGAAUUUGGGGGAUGAGGCAGUUAGGAGUGUUUGUGGGAGGUUGAGGGGGUGGGUUGGGAGUGUGGCGAUGGAUGAGUUGGAUUGAUUGGGGUGGGGUGUUGGUUGUGCGUCAUGCUUGGUCUUUAUGUCGAAGUUGGAGUAACUCAUUAUGGUUAUUUUCUUUGUAGCCGGGCUUUAAUUCGGGAUGUAAAACCAGUCUCAAAGUAUCGUGUCAC